GCGCAGUUAGUGGAAUUCGCGCUCGGAGGAGGUGAGCUUCGCGGCGAAGAACCCUUAUUGCGCAGUUCAACGAGUAAUUUUGCGAAUCGAGCAUUCGACGUGACAUCGAGUGUUGACGAACGAAACGAGAAGUCGACAAGAAAAUCAUGGCACUGGUAUCGAGAAGCUUAUUUCGCAACUGGUGGGACGAUAUAGAUCGCUACCACCGUGAGAUAGAUGAGCACUUCCGGAAGCUGAGUGUGCGCGACAACGAUCUGUGGCCGUCGUACCGCUAUCGGUCGUCCUGGUGGCCGCGGUGGGACGUAUUCGAAGAUGCAGAACGUGAGAUAGGCGGCUGGGCAAGGGUCGAACGCACCGCGGACGAGUAUCGGAUAACUGUGGAUGUGCAGUUCUUCUCGCCGGAGGAGAUCACCGUCCGCACCGACGACCAGACCAUCACCGUUGAGGCCAGGCAUUUUGAGAGGAAGGACGGAUACCGCUCAUCCGGUUAUGUGUCGCGACAGUUCACACGUCGUUACUUGUUGCCCAGGGACUACGACGUCGGCCGCGUGAAGCCCAGCUUGUCCUCCGAUGGUUUCCUGACCAUCACAGCGCCCAGACUGUCCAAAUGGGCAAUAUCGCAUAAAUGGGUGGGCGAGCGAAAUGUGCCAAUUCGACGAACCUACUUACCGGCCAUCAAGGCAAACUAACGUUGGAAUGUUUCCGGAUAACGCGAUAAUGGUCUAUAAUGUCUGAAAAAUUAGACAUCAAACGGUAAAAAUAUUCGAAUUAUUUUUUAGCGCCGUGUCCAUUUUUAGAGCUGAUAGUUUACAGAGUUAUAUGCCAUUAUCUGUAACCGCGCAUAUGAUAUUAUGAUGCCCAUAAUCUAAAAAGGAAGAAAUGGUAAGUUUUAAAUGUUGGCGAGAAAAAAUCGUUUAGAGUCUUAUUUUUGAAUAUUCUUAGACCCAUUUCUACCAAUGUAGAUUAAUUUAAUCUCGGUUUAAUUUAUUCUUUAUCUUCUUCUAAUUUUUAGAACUAGAAAAAGGCAAACAUUAAGUUAAACCAAGAAAGUUAAUUUACAUUGGUAGAAAUGGACAUUAAAGAUAUUUCUGCAACGAGUUUCAGACUGGUUCGCGUUAUUCGGUUUCCUCCACAAAUGUCUAUUACUAUGUACACACGGCGUUAUAGAAAUGCCUAGCCAUCUAAACUUGCAGGGAUACUGGUUCAUAUAUAUGUAUACAUAUAUGUAUAUUCAAAAUAUAUGUAUGUAUUGUGCCCCUGCAAAUUCAUAUGGCUAGGCAUUUCGGACGCCGUGCGUACAACCGAUCAAAACGAUAUAUCGGUACCGAAAACACUUGCUGAUACAUAUAUAUAUAUAUAUAUAUAUAUAUAUAUGUGUGUGUAUAAAUGUAUUAGCAUUGCCCUGUAUGUCAGCAAGAAUGAGUCAUGAUCGUUAUUUGCAUCACAGUUCAAGAUUGAUUAAAAAAAAAAAGAUUACAGAAUUAGAUGUGCAUUCUAUUACGUUGAUCAAAAUAGAGAUUCGCAUUCGAUUGCAUAUAAGACUUUUUAAGAGCGGAAAUUAAUAGGCAUUGAUUUGAUAAUUGCGGCCGUGACUCAUUCUUCGCAGGUUUGAUUGAUGAUUUCGAUGUAGUGUAAUUAGCCGUAAUUGUAGAAAAUUGUACAAAAACAUGCAUAUAUAUAUGUAUAAACAUAUAUAUAUGUACAGACGCAUCGUGUUAAUUAUUUUCUUGUAGCUUUAAAAAAACACGAAUGCGGACAACAGCACUGCUAUGACGAAGCUUUACAACGCUGUUAGACGUUACAUCAUUCGGGAUCGUCUCGGCGAUUGGUUUCGAACGGUUCAUGCCGCCGUGACUCGCUAUUAAAAUGUAACAACUGCUGUUGCGUAUGUUCUGUAGAGCUUGUCGUUCUUACAUAAUCGUUCACUUAAUUUAUUCGUGUUAUCGUUAGCUUGACAAUUCGAUUUAGAGUUCGUACUUAUAGAUCAUUUACGUAACAACCCUUUUUGGCAAAGAAUGCGAGUUGCAUAAAAUAUGCAUAAAUGAUCGAUAUAGGUAAAUCAUGCGGUAUUAAUUACUCGUCACUACAGCCAGGAAGUAAGUUGGAAUUAUAGGUGAGAUAUUAUGUAAUGUAUACGUAUUUCGAGUUAGACGGUUGCGAUUGUGUUCAAGUGACGACUAAAUGCAUAUAUAUAUUCCACAGCGUUAAUAGAAUAAUUUUAUCCUUGCGAUAUUUUUCGCACAGUCAUUUGCUAUUUUAUUCGCUUUCUAUAUUAAGCUAAUAUAAUAUUUUGCUAAUAAUAUUUUCUUCAAUAAAGGUGUAAUAUCAAUUAAA